AUGCAGAGAUGGAGUACCAACAGAACAUUGCAGUCUCGCAAUUCACACAAGUUUGUUGAAACAGCAAAAAGCCCCAGCAGCAACCGCAGCUCUAGCAGUUCGUCUGGAUCAUCCACCAGCGGCGGCAGUUCAUCUGGAUCUUCAUGCAGCGAUUCAUCAGAUUCCGACAGCAGCGACUCUGGCUCCGACGACGAGUGUGUGACAAGCAAUCCGGCUCCUGAAGUUCUUCCCAAGACCGACGCCUCUCCCAUGGCAAUGCCACACAAGGUUCUCAGUGCUAUCGCUGCAGAGGAGUUUGCUGAAACCGAGAACAGCCGAAGAAGCAACAGUUCAUUACUUGAAGAUGGCGAGAUAGAAGAAGAGCACGGCACCUCCCCUGUGGCUGCAGAGAAGUUUGCUGAAACCGUCAACAGUACAGGAUCUGCCAAUGUCCAAUGCGUCAGAAGCAUCCUGGCUCCUGCCGUCCAUCCCGAGCCAUCGAAGCCGCAACCACCUGCACAAGGCACUGUUCGUCAUUUCUAUGCCAAGGGUUAUGAGACGAAGCGCGAGAGGGCUUUGGCUGCACAAGGCACCGUUGGUCAUUUCUAUGCCAAAGCUUUUGAGAAGAAGCGCGAGAGGCAGAGAGCCUACAAAAAGCUAGAAGAGAUGGAGAGGAACGCGAAGGCGAAGCCCAUCUUCGACUGGAUACACCCGAGACACUUGAGGCAGCUAGGGAUCACCACCCCGGUGUUGUACGCUGUCACCUCGGAGCGGCGUUUUCCUGCUCGUCGUGGCUGCCCGGUGCAGAGUCUACUUGGGCUCUUCUUGAAAGCAGAGUACCAGACCACGGAGAUGGCAAAGGAGCCACUAGAUACUCAGGACCUAUUAUUACAGUAG